UUGCAAAUGCUGCUCAGUUGUUAUGGUUUAAAUGGGGUGGAAAUGGAAGAUGCCAAUCCUGCAACGUGAUGAUUUGCUUCCUGUUUAAGGUAUUUAGGGAUUCUCUAUACAUGGUAGAAACAGUUGGUUUUGUAUGGUUUGUACAUGCUACAAACAAUUGGUUUAGUCCUCUUCUAGCUUUCCAAUUUUAAAACUCACAACUUUGUCCUCUACUUACCGCCUCUGAGGACAUGGAUUCAUAAUCAUGAAGCGUAUGCUGAUUCAAGCAUUCGUUUUCAGUUAUAGGCAGACGGACGAAUAAACUAAAUCAGGUAAAAUCUGUGAGUCCCAAUAUCAUGUAAAUUAGGUAGCUUUGGAGUGCAAGUUGUGGAUCACAAUUUGGUGUAUGUGGAGAGGCUUUCUGCAGAAGUUUGGCUUUCAAAGCCAUUUAAUAGCGGAUGCGAAAUGGUAUCGAGGUAACUGCCAAUUAUAAUGUGCAGAAUGAAUAAUGUAUUGCUUUUAUAGUUCUCAUAGCAAGGAAUCUUUUUGCAGGGUGAAAUAAUCGAUUAAUGGAAUUGAAAUUUCACUUGUGGAAACAGGAGCCAUGUUCUGAGUGGUAGUCUAUACGUUCUUAUGGUGAUCACCUUUAUCAAUAUGCAUUCGAGUUGUAACCUCUUCAAUACACAUUUAUCAGGGUGCUCAUGGCACUCUUAUGAGAACAAUUGCAUUUAUUCUUUCCUAGAGUGAAUGGUGCAUCUCCAAAAGCUUACAUCUUCCGGUGCAUUCCAACUGCCUCAUAAUCCAGUAAUCAUAAGAUUGCAAGGUUAUGCAUGUUUGAUAUGUUUCGAAAAACACAGUAAAAUUCCAAUAUUCUUAACCCCAGCAUUACAAUAUGCAAUAUAUUUGUUGACUAGAUUUCCAGGGCACCCCCUGUGAAGGAGUUACGCUAUUGAAUAACAUGAAGAAAAUAAGGCUGAGCCACAUAACCAGGCGAUGAACGGACGUCAGGCAUUGAACGGUUAAGGUUCGUAGCCUUAUCAUGCGGCUCAGACUCAUUACUCCAUCACACUGGUGAAAAUAUGUGUAGUUGCCAAGUAAGGCCAGUCUAAUCGCCAGUCAUUUUCUGAUGUGGUAUUUAAACUAAGCCAAAAGUCUGCUGAGUAAGGAGGACACGAAUGCCUAUUGUUGAAUAAUACACAAAUAAAAACAAAUGGCACAGAAACUACUGGUAGCAAGGAGCAUAACAAGGUCCAACCACAAGUAUAUAUGGAUCAUCAUAUCCAAAAUCUUGGAAGCUUUCGUGGUGCUCCUUAGUUUUGUUUCUUCAAGUAAUCCAACCUAAACGCUCUGAACAGAGCAACCAUGAAUGACUCAGUAGACAAGCUAGUGAUCUUCUUAGCAAAGAGAGAUGGCAUAGACAAGCUUGUCAAGACGUUCCAAUAUGUCUCCAAGCUUGUCCACUGGCAUGUUGAGUCCACUAACCCGAAGAUGGCCGAGAGGUUCAAGCUGUGGGAGGUUUCGUCUGGCCUUAGCCGAAAGGCUUUUCGGACUGGAAGGUUUCUCACCGGAUUCAAUGCAAUGAGACGAAGCCCUGGCUCGACGCCAACUCUUCGGUUCUUGGCUAUUCUCGCUAAUGCUGGUGAGAUGGUCUACUUCUUCUUUGACCAUUUUCUUUGGUUGUCAAAAAUUGGUACUUUAGACCCAAUAUUGGCUAGAAGGAUGAGCUUCAUUUCCGCAUUUGGUGAGUCAUUUGGGUACAUUUUCUUCAUUGUAUCUGAUUUUAUCGCUCUAAAGGAAGGGCUUGUGGAAGAGAGGAAGGUUAUGAGUUCUGAGGACAAGUCCAUUGAGAAGAAGAAUGAAAGCAUAAGAAAGAUUAGAAGUGACAGAGUGAUGAGGCUAAUGGCUGUGGCAGCUAAUGUUGCAGACUUGCUUAUUGCACUUGCUGAUAUCGAGCCUAAUCCAUUCUGCAAUCACACUGUGACCCUUGGUAUCAGUGGAUUGGUCUCUGCUUGGUCUGGCUGGUAUAGAAAUUGGCCCUCAUAAGAUUUCCACCAUAGCCAAUCCAAACCAAGCUAGCUGAGCUUUGAAAACUCAAACCUCCUGCACUUGAUGCAAAUUUGAAAUCGUUUAAGUGUUGUUCAGUUGUAUUCACAGUUGAGGUAUGAAUGCAUCUUAUCCAGAUGAGACUAGCCACUGUAAA